UUGAACUAAGCGAUAAUGUUACAGUUUGUUAGUUUUAGCACUGAUAAAUAAAAUCUUAGCCUGUUGAUGCAUAAAGAUAAGGAGCAUUAAAAAAUCAAUAUUUUUCCACUUUAUACUUUAGCGCGCCGACGUAAGAACCCCUUUUACUUGUUGAUUACAUUGUAAGUAGAGGUGAGUCUUAAAGCUGCCGAAGGUUUUGUUUCACUAACAGUCUAAGAAAAUCUCUAAGCUGUGCACGAUGUCCAACCCUUCGCUAGAGUUGGAGGACCGAGACCCUAAAUCGCUAAGUCAACAUCUACAGGUGUCCUGGGAGGAUGUUAUCGGAGAACCGGAUACGACCCGAAGUCCAGAAUGCGCUUGGAGGAUUAGCAACCAGUGCUUCGUAGUGUCGAGGAAUUGUUGUUACAUCUUCAUGUCUGUAAUUAUAGCCCCAUGUGCAGCCCUGUGCCUCGGCUGUAGUUUCGCAUGUCUAGCUUUCAAGCAUAUCUGGUGUUGGAAUCCGUGCCUGAGGGUGUGGAAGAUCAAUUGCUCCAUGUUCAAGUUAUACUUAACAUCAUGUUCCCAAGCAACAAUAGUUCCACUGGCAGAAGCUAUUGGUCAUUGCUGUUCUUCCAUAAAAGUGCGCACCCAGAGCCUUCCAAUUGGAAUUAAAGAAGACGUGAUGAUGGUCUGAAUCCGCAACCCGCAACCCACAGGGUUCAUGUUGAGCGCUCUUUGAAAUCUUUGCAAAUCCACUGCUCUCCUGUAAUGUAGAAAAGCAAUUAACGAGCAAUAAAAAAUUGGUCACGCAUUAUUUUCUUUCCC